AUGAAAAUUGCUCGUUAUUUAUUUGGACAUCUUUUUAGAUGUACUUUUGAUUAUUUAUGGUUGACUAAUACAAUAAUUAAUCAAGAAAUGGUUGAAUUAUUAUUUGAUGAAAACAAAACAAACAAUUUACCUCUACAAAUUCAUUGUCGAAAGCUCAUGUUUAGUUUUGGGCAUGGUGAUAUGGAACAAUUUCUGAAUUUUAUUUAUAAUUAUUUAAUUGCUGAUGAAGUUUCAAUUGAUAUUGGGCGCAAUGCUGAACCAAAAAUUAUUAAUUUAUUUGAACGUAUAACUACUACUCAAGACAAAUUUGGUUGUGUUUCUGUUACUCGUCUUUCUCUUCUUCACCAAAACCUUUAUGAUUUUAUCACACAAGUAAUAUUAAUUAAUUCUUAA